AUGUUAAUAUAUUUAUUACAAAAAGACCCAGAAGAAAGAUGUCGUAAAGAUCAACAAGCCAUUGAAGAUCAAUUGAUUUGCUUGUAAUAUUUUGAUAUUUUGCAUAACCAAACAAAAACUAAGCUUUAUAAAGCCUUGCUUCGAGUAAUGGCCCAAAAUGCAGUAUUGACAAAUUAUGAGUCUGGUAUUUAUUAUACAUUUAUUUUAAAGGUUCAUUGAUUUGGAAAUUUAAUGAUAGAUAAGAUAAAAUUAUGAUCCUAUAUUAAGGUUCAAUAUAAUAGUAUUAAGAAAUCUCAGAAGGUGAAUUAGAAGAAAAAAGAAAAUUACUUACAAAAUAAUACAAAUCUGAUAUUUUUAUUGAAAGACCAGGUAGAAGAGUUACUGCAACAUACUAGCAAAAUGGUUUAUUAACUUUUGCAAUAAAUGAUUAACCAAGAUUACGUAGAGCAUAAGUUUGUGAAAUACCAUAAAAGGUAGAAUUAAAAAGAACAAAUAGUAUAAGGCAUAAUCGUUUUCCUCAAUUACCACCUUUAUAUUUAUAGUCUUUAAAUGUAGAAUUAGAUUAACUGUUAAAAGGAAUUAAACUACACAAUGAAUCAUAUUUUUAAUAUUUAUUAAGUUAGUGUGUUUGUAGUACUAAAUAAACUUAUUUAUUUCAAGAAGGGGAACUCUUAAAUAAUGAUCUUGUAUUGAAAAAACACAACACUUUGCUUCUUGCUUUAUCAGAUUGUGUAAUAAUUUAGAUGAAUUUAAGUGAUUAUUAAAAUGUAGAAAAUCAAAUAAAAAUAUAAAAAUAAUCAAAAAUAUAUAGAUAAUUAGAAGCUGGUUUUGUAAGUGAAAUUACUGAAUCAGAAACUGAAAUGCAUUAAUUAGUAAAAACUCUAAUGAGUAAAUUUAUAAAAUUUAAAUAUAAUCCUAAUAAUACAAUUUAUUAAAAAGGAUAAUAAUUGACAUAUAUUUAUGUUCUCGUUUCAGGAGAAUGUCAAAUUAAUGAUGAUCAUAAUGCUUUGGCUCGUGUCAAUUAAGGAUGUUUAUUAGGAGAAGAAUCAUUUGAUAGUCAUCAAUAUUAAUAUAAAUGUGUUACAACAACUAAAUGUAAAUUAUAUGGUGUUAAAAUUACUGAUAUAAACAUAUUAUGUUAACGAUACUAUUGGUUUAAAUAAUAAUUAUUAAACAAAAAGUAAAUCAAAUCAAAUUGGUUAAAUAGUAGACUUAUUGAUUAAUAGAAUAGAAAACGAAUAGAAUCCACUAGUCUUAAGUUUUAAUUUCAUGUCUAAAUUAAUAAAAUAUAGAAUACUCAAUAAUAAUAAAUCAAAACUCACAGACCUACUUAAUCAUAGAAUAUAUUUGAUAAAAACUAAUAUUAAGAAAUAAUGUCAUAUCGUUGCUAAUAUAGAAAUUAAAGUAGACAAAGAAUAAAGACUAAGUAACUCAAACAACCUUUAUCUUAACCAAGUUUUUCUAAAGAUUUUAGUAAUGAUAUUGAUAUUCUACCUAUGUUAAUGAAUCUAGAUAAAUAACAAAGUAAUAAUCUAAGAGAAUUACUAAAAAAAGGUAAAAUUAGACCUUAUUAAUAACAAAAUUAAAAACCUACUACAGCUUAACAUUUUUUAUCUGUUCCUUGUAAAGAGUCAACUUAAAAAAUAUUGAAACGUAUUCAAUAAUACUUAGGCUGA